AUGCCGUCCUUUGAUAAUAUUCCAGAUACUACAAUACCAUUUGACAACGUAACUCAAUUCAAUGUUCUAUCCAAUAUUAUAUCUUCUCCAAUUAAAAAUAAAAAUGAAACAAUUAAUCCUACAAGAAUUGCAAUAGAUAUAGGUGGAACUUUGGCCAAAAUAGUAUACCUAAACCAUAAAACACAAGUUUUAGAAUUUAAAUCCAUAGAAACUAGUAAAUUUAACAGCAAUGAAGACAUCCAAUCUAUCAUAAUAAACUCUAUAUUUAUAAAGCAUAUCAUAAGUGACAAAAACAAUUGUACCACUAGUACAACAGAUGAUCAGCUGGAACUUAUAGCCACUGGUGGUGGCGCUUAUAAAUUCUACGAUAUAUUAAAAAAGAAUUUCAAUGGUAAUGUUACACAAAUAGACGAAAUGCAAUCUCUAAUUAAAGGUUUGAAUUUUUUUCUAACUUGCCACAAUUUAGGCGUGGUUGAAGAAGUUUUCACAUACACAGAUCUGGAUGGUCUACAGUUUUCAAAUAAAUAUAGUACUCCUCCUCCCCCAUCGCUACCAGAUGAUACUGCUAACAGUACCCCCAGUAAUGAUACUCGCAAUGAAUAUCCUUACAUGCUAGUUAAUAUAGGUUCAGGUGUAUCCAUAAUAAAAGUAAUGGGGCCUAAUGACAAUGAUUUUGUCAGGGUUGGCGGUUCAAGUUUAGGUGGAGGUACCUUGUGGGGUUUAUUGUCUUUGAUUACCGGUGCGAAAACCUAUGACGAAAUGUUACAAUGGGCCAGUAAUGGGGAUAACACUAAAGUGGAUAUGUUGGUAGGUGACAUUUACGGUACCGAUUAUAAUAAAAUUGGAUUAAAAAGCUCGAGUAUUGCAUCUUCAUUUGGUAAAGUUUUUAAACAUUCGGAUACUGAUUUAAAUAGUGGUAAAACUGCAGAUUUUAAUAACAAUGAUAUUUGCAAAAGUUUGUUGUAUACUGUAUCGAAUAACAUUGGUCAAAUUGCCUAUCUACAAGCUAAAAUACAUAACGUUAAAAGGAUAUAUUUUGGUGGAUCGUACAUCAGAGGACACUUAAUGACAAUGAACACUUUAAGCUAUGCCAUUAAUUUCUGGUCACAAGGUGAAAAGCGUGCAUUUUUUUUAAAACACGAGGGAUAUCUUGGUGCAAUGGGAGCUUAUUUAAGUUAA